AGACAGAUGAUGCUGGCUCAGAACACAUGAUUCCCUAGCAUUUGGUCUUUCAUCUCAUACUUUGUUCACUUUCUCUAAUCGCAUAAACCCUGCCUCAAGUUCUCAUAUUCAUCUUCAAAGCAUGUAGGUAGUGCACUCUGCAGCCCCGGCUGUCAACUACACCUUUGGCGACCGUUUUUGCCUGUGCGUGCAUCCCACCACCAGGUUACCUGAGGUAGGCGAGGGCAACAAACAGGAAGGCUACCUACCUACCUUACCCAAGGCAAACACCUCCACCACCUCCACUUUCGAUCGAAGAGGACCCCCGAUGACAUUCGCAUCUGCCUGAGACUUCCGAUAGUCGACGCCGACUAUGGCUUCCAAUAUAUUCUCUCGUCUUGUGCCACAAGACCGGGGCAGGUCCUUUUAUGAAGACCUAAGGCAGACGGAUCCUGAUGCAGACCUCGAGGCUCGCUCCGGUAUCGAUAUCGACGAGGAGAACUUGAACCGAUCGUAUCAUGACUAUGACCUGGAAGAGGCAGAGCGCCUAGCAGGAGACGAAAGUCACAUAUCUCAUUCCCGAGGCGAUGUUGCCGGCGCGAACACGGUCCAUCGCCGCGGCCAGAAAGCCAACACCGCACGCUGGUUGAGUGCCGGCGUGGAAGACGACGUAGAUAACGACGUACCGGAGUCGCUGCUAGUGGAAACUCCACGGGCUCCUCAGCACCCGUUAUUAUCGCCGUCAAGAGCUGGACCAUCACAUUCCCGCCCAAGCGCAGUCCCUGGACCAUCUACUAGGCAGAAUCAAGCGCAAUGGGAAGCCACUCGGCACCAACAGCGACUUCACAAUGAUGACACUAUGCCUCAUGGUCCGUUUUCAGGCAGAGCUGGUCAAGGACGGUCUGAACCGCCACCAGUCGGUCUGAUGGCUGGAGACCCCUACGAGCAGGCAAUGUGGAGAUGGGUCAACGUCUCAAAUCUCGAUAACUUUAUCAAAGAUGUAUACGCCUACUACCGAGCAGCAGGUUUUUGGUGCAUCAUCGUGCAGCGCAUUCUUGAGCUGGUCAACGCCGCAUUUGUCGCCGUUUUCUUAACAUUUCUUUCCCAGUGUGUUGACUAUCACAAAAUUCCGCACAGCAAAGCGCUGUCGGAAAUUACCAUACCAAAGUGCACCCAGAACAUGAGUCUGGUGUGGAACGUUGGACUUUGGCUGUUUGCCAUCUACUUCAUAUGCAGGUGCUUCGGGCUUGUCAUUCAGCUGCGACAAUUGAGGCAACUGCGAGAUUUCUAUACCCAUCUCUUGAAGAUACCCGAGGCCGACAUGCAGUCAGUCUCUUGGCAAGAUGUCGUUGGAAGGAUCAUGGCCCUUAGAGAUUCACACCCCAGGACUGCGGGUAAUCUUACUAGGGUUCAGCGCGCAUGGAUCGGGAGCCAGUCCAAAGAGAGACUGGACGCUCACGACAUCGCAAACCGAAUCAUGAGAAGAGAAAACUUCAUGAUUGCCAUGCUCAACAAGGACGUUCUUGACCUAACCAUACCGCUUCCUUUUUUCCGAAAUAAGCAGCACAUGUCGGAAUGUGUUGUUUUGGCCAUUUCAUUCAGCAUUCUAGAUUUUGUCUUUGACAGUCAAGGCCAAGUCAACCCUGAGUUUCUCAAAGCUAGUCGCAGGAGACAGCUCAGCCAGAAGCUGAAGUCACGGUUCUUUUUCGCUGGCUUGAUGAUCUUCGUCAUGUCGCCAUUCAUCGCUUUGUACUUGAUCCUGGUUUACUUUCUCACGUAUUUCCAUGAAUUCCGAAACGACCCUGGAGCACUGGGCGCUAGGACAUACAACUCUCUCGCCAAGUGGAAGUUUAGGGAGUUCAACGAACUGGACCAUCUAUUUAACGAUAGAAUGAAUAUGUCGCAUCCAUUCGCAAAGCGAUAUAUUGAUAUGUUCCCUAAACGAAAGACGGAGCAAGUGGCGCGGACAGUAUCGUUUAUCAGCGGAUCCAUCGUCGCCGUAUUGGGGUUAGCUACAAUCUUUGACUCCGAGGCGUUUCUGCAAUUCGAGAUAACGCCAGACCGAUCGGUCUUGUUUUAUGUAUCAAUACUGGCCACAUUAUGGGCGGUUGCUCGAGGCAAUAUCUCGGACGACAAUGAGGUUUAUGACCCCGAGUUCGCUAUGAAGAGCAUCAUUGAGUUCACCCAUUACGAGCCGGACCAUUGGCGUGGCAGGCUCCACAGUACGGAAGUCAAGAACGAAUUUUCAGAGCUUUACAAGCCGAGACCUCAGAUAUUUCUUGAGGAGAUUCUCAGCAUUUUACUUACACCUCUGGUACUCCUGGUCAGUCUGCCAAACUCAACUGAUCAAAUUGUCGACUUUUUCAGAGAGUUCACCAUACAUGUCGAUGGACUCGGCUACGUAUGUCUCUUUUCCGUCUUCAACUUCCAGCAAGGUCACACGAAUCAGAAACAGGCAGCUGCUGCAGAUGCGCCUGACAACAGAGAGGAAUACUACUCGACGAAACAUGGGAAGAUGGCGGCAUCCUUCUAUGGGUUCCUGGACCACUACGUCAUCAACCCCAAGACUGGCCUGCCGGGCAAUCAACUGCCUGGGUCACGGCAACAGUUUCAGCAUCCGCCAUCUUUCCCAGGGUUGCAGUCACCAACACUAGCUGCUGACAUGCGGCAUUCUCGUAUGAUGAGGGAUCGUGGACGCAGCAGCGGGGUGCAAGUUCCGGGCUCACAGGGCAGGGCUCCUCAAUUCAGGGCCCCACUGCCACAGCCGUCACCCAUGGCGUCUAUUCUACUUGAUCCGCAUCACCAGCCCGCUCCCGGUGCGUUUGGCAGCCGGAGCAUGCAUAGAUCACGCCAGAUGGCGGUACCGCAACGUGGCGGGUACAUGAGCGAUAGAGAUAUAAUCGAGGAGGCGGCUACUGAAGAUGGCCAAGACGAUCCUAGGUUUGGAAAGCUAGGCGACGAAGACAUAGAUGAAAGUGGAGGUGCGCUGGACGAGUCUACAUGGCAGACGUCGCCCACCAAGACACUUUCCAGAGAGAACAGUGGUGCCAAUCCUCAAGAGACUGAGGUUGGUGUUUUGGGUCUCAUUCACCAGUUCCAACAGGCGCAUAUGCAUUUGAGGCGUUGACAGUGGUGUUGAUAUUGUAUUACAUGUUUUGUUUAAUGAAGGGGCCCAUAGCACAGGACACCUAGAAUCGGCUAGACUGCAAACAAUUG